AAUUAAUAAAAACUAGGAAUGGAUUAAUAAGUAAUGGAGACAGUGAGCAAUUACGAUAACAUUAUAAAUGAAGUCAUCACAAAAUUGAAGAGGAACUCGGAUAAAGGUUAAUUGUAAAUGAGUGAAUCUGAAAUCCAGACUUUUAAGGAUCUCUGGCAAACCCAUCUCAAAGCAAUCUAAGAAGGGAGAGAAAUUAAAUGCAAAACAGAAGUGUAGGUCUAAUCUAAGAAUUCUCACGUGGAGACUGAUCAAAUUGAACCUGCUAUAGAAAAGAAAGUACUUGUUGUGAAAUAAGAGGAAGAAAAUUAAGAAGUAGAUGUGUGUUUUGAUGACGAUUCAGAUGAGAAAGUUCAUCAUAAUCAGGAUCAUGUUGAUAACUAUUAAAGUUAGAAUCAGAAAAUCAAGGAGUUUGAAAAGAAUAGAUGUGAGAGUCUAAGGGAAAGGACUCUUUUUGAUAAAAUUAGAGAAUUAGAUUAACUUAGAAAUUAAGUUAAAUAGGAAGAAUAAGACGAUGAUGAUACGGAAGAGCCAAAAGCAUUUGAUACUUAGAUCUACGCAUAGAAGAUCAAUACAGAUAGCAUUGUGAGUAGAAUCAGACCCAACAAAUUGCAAAAGGCAAGUUUAGAAAAUGUGCUUAUCAAAGAAAAAAGCAAUAAAGAAGCUCUCUAUCCGUAAGCCCAAUUAUAAUUUAAUUUUAAAACAAACAAAAAAAAAAACUAAUGA